AUGCCAAAGAAGAGAGCUUCCAACGGUAGAAACAAGAAGGGUAGAGGUCACGUCAAACCAGUCAGAUGUGUCAACUGUUCCAAGUCUGUUCCAAAGGACAAAGCUAUCAAGAGAAUGGCUAUCAGAAACAUCGUUGAAGCUGCUGCCAUCAGAGAUAUGUCUGAAGCUUCUGUCUACGCCGAAUACGCUCUACCAAAGACCUACAACAAGUUGCACUACUGUGUUUCCUGUGCUAUUCACGCUAGAAUCGUCAGAGUUAGAUCCAGAACUGACAGAAGAAACAGAGCUCCUCCUCAAAGACAAAGAUUCAACAGAGAGAACAGAGUUUCUCCAGCUGACGCUGCCAAGAAGGCUUUGUAA